UAAAUUUAGUAUUAAUUUCCGAUGGCUGCUUCUACUGUCAUCGUCCUCACCUAUAAAUAAGUCGCAGCUCUGUGCUUACUCCAUCAAACUCAAAUUCCUCAAAAGAAAUCCCCAAAUCAAUCGGAAAUGGAAGCAACCCUAAUUUGGUCUUCACUUCCGGCGAUUUGGGUCACAAUCCUCCUUCUCUACGUUAUCACGAAAUAUCUGCAACGGAGAAAGCUUAAUUUGCCGCCGGGGCCGAAGCCAUGGCCGGUGAUCGGAAACCUCAACCUCAUCGGCGAGCUACCCCACCGUUCACUCCACCAGCUCGCGGAGAAGUACGGUCCGAUAAUGCACCUCCAGUUCGGGUCGCUACCGGUGGUGGUCGGAUCGUCAGUGGAGAUGGCGAGAACCUUCCUGAAAACGAUGGACGUGACCUUCGCGUCGCGGCCUAAAACCGCCGCCGGAAAAUACACGACCUACAAUUACUCCGACAUCACGUGGUCGCCGUACGGUCCGUACUGGCGGCAGGCGCGGAAGAUGUGUUUAAUGGAGCUUUUCAGCGUGAGAAGGCUAGAAUCGUACGAAUAUAUUCGUCGGGAGGAAUUGAAUUCGAUGCUCAAGGAGGUGUUCGUCUCCGCCGGAAAACCUUUCCUGCUCAAGGACUAUCUAUCGACGGUGAGCCUGAACGUGAUCAGCCGCAUGGUCUUGGGAAAAUCCGCCGCCGAAAUCGACGUCGUGUCGACGGAGGAGUUUAAAAGGAUGCUGGACGAGCUCUUCCUGCUCAACGGAGUGAUCAACAUCGGCGAUCUGAUCCCCUGGAUCAGUUUCCUCGAUCUUCAAGGCUACGUGAAGAGGAUGAAGACCGUGAGUAAGAAAUUCGACAAGUUCCUCGAACACGCCCUCGACGAGCACGAACUGCGGAGGAAGACGACGGAGAAUCACGUCAGCAAGGACAUGGUGGACGUCCUCCUGGACCUCGCCGGAGAUCCAAACCUGGAAGUCAAGCUGGAGAGGCAGGGAGUCAAAGCAUUCACUCAGGAUUUGCUCGCCGGAGGAACAGAGAGCUCCGCCGUGACGGUGGAAUGGGCAAUUUCGGAGCUUCUGAAGAAACCCGAAAUCUUUGAGAAGGCAACAGAGGAGCUGGAUCGGGUAAUCGGGCAGGGCAGGUGGGUCAAAGAGAGGGACAUGCCUAAUCUCCCCUACGUCGAAGCCAUUGCUAAAGAAACGAUGCGUCUGCACCCGGUUGCUCCGAUGCUGGUUCCGAGGAUGGCCCGGGAAGACUGCAGGGUGGGUGGGUUCGACAUCCAGAAGGGGACCCAGGUGCUGGUCAACGUCUGGGCAAUCGGGCGGGACCCGUCGCUGUGGGAGAAACCCGACGAGUUCUGCCCGGAGCGGUUUCUCGGGAAGGAAAUCGACGUGAAAGGACAAGACUUUGAGCUUCUGCCAUUCGGGUCGGGUCGGAGGAUGUGCCCCGGGUACCCGUUGGGGUUGAAGGUGAUCCAGUCCAGCUUGGCUAACCUGCUGCACGGAUUCAAUUGGAGAUUGCCGGAGAAGAUGAAGGUUCAAGAUUUGGACAUGGAUGAAAUCUUCGGACUGUCUACUCCGAGGAAAAUUCCUCUCUCCGCCGUGGCGGAGCCCAGGCUUCCAUUUAAGAUGUAUGAUUCUCUUUGAGUUUGACGAUGAUGGUGACCUGACUGUGCCUGUGUGUUCUAAUAUCAUCAUCGUCGUCGUCGUAUAUGUUUCGAAUUCAAUAAUGUAGUUCUGCAGUGCUUUCGAAAUAAUUAAGAUUGUGUUUUGAGCCUA